GUUGGGAACAGUGUUUCACCAUAAAAGGGUAUACCUUUUCCACACUUCCACACGCUUUAUGCAGUCUCUCUCUCUCUUUCUCUCAUUGGUGGCUUUAAUCUCAAAGCUGGAACCAUCUAACAAGCCAAACCAAACAACACCAAAACCAACAUUCCUAAUAUCAACGCCUUCCCCCGAAUAAGGAAAGUAAAAUCCACAAGUACAUCCAGCGACAAAUUCCUUACUCAGCUAAACUCUCAAUAACCUCAACAACACCAUCCAUCACCAACACCACCAUCUGCUACCAAGCUUUGAUUUCACAAAACCUAAAUUUAGUUAACACCUGCAUAUUAACUUCUCUGCUGUUCAUCAUCACAUGUCCCUCACACACUAAACAAAACCAUACUCUUUUGCUUUUGCUUUUCAAAACACACUCCAUAAAUAGUCAACAACUCACCCCUCCCUUUCUUUUUUAGAGGAUAGAUUAAGGUGAAGGGUAUAUAUAUGGCGAGGGAGAAGAUUCAGAUUAGGAAGAUCGACAACGCCACCGCCAGGCAGGUUACGUUCUCCAAGCGUCGCAGAGGGCUCUUCAAGAAAGCCGAGGAGCUUUCCAUUCUCUGUGAUGCUGAUGUUGCUCUCAUAAUCUUCUCUUCUACUGGGAAACUCUUUGAGUACUCAAGCUCCAGCAUGAAGGAGAUACUUGAAAGGCAUCAUUUGCACUCAAAGAACCUAGCAAAGAUGGAACAGCCAUCUCUCGAGUUGCAGCUGGUUGAAAACAGCAACUGCACCAGAUUGAGCAAGGAAGUUGCCGAGAAGAGCCAUCAACUGAGGCAGCUAAGAGGAGAGGAUCUUCAGGGUCUAAACAUAGAUGAAUUGCAACAGCUGGAGAGGUCUCUAGAAACUGGAUUGGGGCGUGUGAUAGAAAAGAAGGGAGAGAAAAUUAUGGAAGAGAUCGCUGAUCUCCAAAGAAAGGGAAUGGUAUUGAUGGAAGAGAACGAGCGACUAAAACAUCACGUGGCGGGCAUGGUUAAUGGUCAAAGACGUUGUGGUGUGGAAUCUGAGAACAUUGUUAUGGAUGAAGGUCAGUCUUCAGAGUCUGUCACCUACGUUUGCAAUUCUGCAGGACCUCCGCAGGACUAUGAUGAAAGCUCAGAUACGUCCCUCAAACUGGGGCUGCCAUACUGCGGUUGAUGGGAAAGUGUGUGGAGAGAUAAAACUAAAACAAAAAUGGCAAUAUCAUGGUCUAAAUUUUCGUUAAUUAUUGUGACUCUAUUGCCUUGAUCGUAUAUAUAUUAGUGGUUAAUUGUAAUGACCAAUGGGCACUUAGAUGAUGUUGAAAGUAACACCUAGUGAGGUUUUUAAUUGCCUUUUUUUUUUAAUUACUAAUAUAAUCCUUGCUUCUCUGACUCUUA